AUGCUUGGUUACAAUGAGUUAGUUAUUCUGCUAACUAAUAAUAAUUAUCUUUUUUUCAAACAUUGUAAAAUCAGAAUAUCAAAUUCAAGAAGAAAAAAUACUGAUGAAGGAUAUAGAAGGCCUGCUGUGAGGAGUUGUGUACUGGCCCUGAAGAGCAUAUUGGAGGUAAUAGGAGAGAUAGAUGUGAAAAAAUUGAAUAAGGUGGUGUUGGAAGAGAAUGAAACAAGGUGCUCAGAUUUAGAAGAUGAGUUGGGCAAUCUUGAGAGUUUGUUGUUGAUAGAGGAUCAAAAAGAAGAUGAGUCAGAAGAUGAGUCAGAGGCCGGGGGUGAGAUUAUUUCUGUUUUCUGA